GCGUCCGUCGAGCUCAGCGAUUGGACAAAAUCCUGAUCUCGUCCGUGAGAGCGUCUAAGUCCUGUCAAUCAAUGACAAACUGGAAACGUGCAGCCCAUUUUCGCAUAGACCACUGUAGCCUGCGUGUUUGUAGUGACGGAAAAGUUGGAAAAGGUCUUUUUAGAAAAGCGUUUAGUCGCUUAAACGGUAGUUAUUAACGUCAAUAACGAGUUGACUGUGCUUAUAUCGGCGGGGGACGUUUUCUCAGAAACCUUGAACGACACACAGAGGGGUCAACAUGGCCCAGUGGAAUCAGUUACAGCAGUUGGAGACACGGUAUCUGGAGCAGCUGUAUCACCUGUACAGUGACAGCUUCCCUAUGGAGCUGCGGCAGUUCUUGGCCCCCUGGAUCGAGAGCCAGGACUGGGCGUAUGCAGCCAACAAGGAGUCUCACGCCACGCUUGUGUUCCAUAACUUGCUGGGGGAGAUUGAUCAGCAGUACAGCCGCUUCCUGCAGGAGAACAAUGUCCUGUACCAACACAACCUGCGGCGUAUCAAACAGCACCUGCAGAGCAAGUAUCUGGAGAAGCCCAUGGAGAUCGCCCGCAUCGUGGCCCGCUGCCUGUGGGAAGAGCAGCGUCUGCUGCAGACGGCCACCACUGCACAGCAGGAUGGCCAAGUUGCCCAUCCCACUGGCACUGUGGUGACGGAAAAACAGCAGAUACUGGAACACAACCUGCAGGAUAUUAGGAAGAGAGUACAGGAUAUGGAGCAGAAGAUGAAGAUGUUGGAAAAUCUACAAGAUGAUUUUGACUUCAACUACAAAACUCUUAAAAGUGCUGGAGAGUUGUCACAGGACCUGAAUGGAAACAGCCAGGCAGCAGCCACCAGGCAGAAGAUGUCUCAGCUGGAGCAGAUGCUGAGUGCUCUGGAUCAGCUGAGGAGGCAAAUAGUUACUGAGAUGGCAGGGCUGCUGUCUGCCAUGGACUUUGUGCAGAAGAAUCUGACAGAUGAAGAACUGGCCGACUGGAAGAGGAGACAGCAGAUCGCCUGCAUUGGAGGACCACCGAACAUCUGCCUGGACCGUUUAGAGACAUGGAUCACCUCUUUGGCUGAGUCACAGUUGCAGAUAAGACAGCAGAUCAAGAAACUGGAGGAGCUUCAACAGAAGGUCUCCUACAAAGGAGAUCCAAUUAUUCAACACCGCCCAGCUCUGGAGGAGAAGAUCGUAGACCUGUUCCGCAACCUUAUGAAGAGUGCAUUUGUUGUUGAGAGGCAGCCUUGUAUGCCCAUGCACCCUGACCGACCACUUGUCAUCAAAACAGGAGUUCAGUUCACCACCAAAGUCAGGUUACUUGUGAAAUUCCCAGAGUUGAAUUACCAGCUGAAAAUAAAAGUGUGUAUUGACAAGGAGUCAGGUGACGUGGCAGCCAUUCGAGGUUCACGAAAGUUCAACAUCCUUGGCACCAACACGAAGGUGAUGAACAUGGAGGAAUCCAACAAUGGCAGCCUGUCAGCAGAGUUCAAACAUCUGACUCUUCGUGAGCAGAGAUGUGGCAAUGGAGGCCGUACCAACAGUGACGCGUCUCUGAUCGUGACUGAAGAACUGCACCUGAUCACGUUUGAGACAGAGGUCUACCACCAAGGACUAAAGAUCGACCUUGAGACACAUUCUCUCCCAGUGGUGGUCAUCUCUAAUAUCUGUCAAAUGCCAAAUGCAUGGGCGUCCAUCCUGUGGUACAACAUGCUGACCAACCAUCCCAAGAAUGUGAAUUUCUUCACCAAACCUCCUGUAGGAACAUGGGAUCAGGUGGCUGAGGUGCUCAGUUGGCAGUUUUCAUCCACAACCAAGAGAGGACUUACCAUCGAGCAGCUCACCACACUUGCAGAGAAACUUCUGGGUCCUUGUGUAAACUACUCUGGUUGCCAGAUCACAUGGGCCAAGUUCUGCAAAGAAAACAUGGCAGGAAAAGGUUUCUCAUUCUGGGUGUGGCUAGACAACAUUAUCGACCUAGUGAAGAAGUAUAUUUUGGCUCUAUGGAAUGAAGGGUAUAUUAUGGGCUUCAUCAGUAAAGAAAGAGAGAGGGCAAUCCUGAGCCCAAAGCCUCCUGGGACAUUCCUGCUGCGCUUCAGUGAAAGCAGCAAAGAGGGAGGCAUUACCUUCACCUGGGUCGAGAAGGACAUCAAUGGUAAGACCCAGAUCCAGUCGGUUGAACCGUACACUAAGCAGCAGCUCAACAGCAUGUCUUUCGCUGAGAUCAUCAUGGGCUACAAGAUCAUGGAUGCCACCAACAUCCUCGUCUCGCCACUGGUCUACCUCUACCCCGAUAUCCCCAAGGAGGAGGCGUUUGGCAAGUACUGCCGCCCCGAGGCCCAGCCUGACACCGAAUUCCCUGAUCCUGGAUGUGUAAUUCAGCCUUACCUGAAGACCAAGUUCAUCUGUGUCACCCCGUGUCCUUCGGUCUUCAUGGACUUCCCGGACAGUGAGCUGCUUGGGAACGGCUUCCCUGGGACUAACUCUGGCAACACAAGCGAUUUGUUCCCAAUGUCCCCUCGUACACUCGACUCUCUCAUGCACAAUGAAGCCGCCGAGGCCAACCCAGGACCUCUGGAAUCUCUCACUCUGGACAUGGAGUUGAGCUCUGAUCAUCCCUCACCAAUGAGAGAAGGGUUUGCAGCCACGACGGUCUCAGAUAUGGACACCUGCCGAAAUGCUUAGUUUUAGUGUUUUUUUUUUUCUUUCUUUUUAAAAAUUUCCAUUGGAUAAUUAUGUACAUAAUGCUUAGGUGCUACAGCUGCUUUUUCUCUCCGAUCCAUUUUUUUUUUUUUUUUGUUCUCUGUUUUUACAGUCAUAGCCAAAAGUUAGCAAAAUUGUAACCUUUCGUCCUCGUAUCAAUACGCAAUUGAGCUCAUUCAAUGGUUAAGAUGUUAUUCUUUGCUCUUUUUUUAUAGGAAUGUGAGGCCUUCAAGACCGGUUUUUAGAUUUUUUGACCUUUGUCAAUGAAAGUGUGAAUGUUAAGGCUCUUUAACAUGUUUAAUUGCAGACAUUUGGCCAUGACUGUAUGGUAGCCAUAUGAUUUUUUUAGUAAUAGAAAUAGCCUUUGACUUGUAUUUCACUGAAUGUCCACUAGUGUUGGCAAACAUUAAAACAUAUUUUGAGCUGUUGGCAUAGCAUAGGGCCAGUGAAUUCUGUGUUCUUUAUGUUGAUCUUUGGAAAUGAGCGAGAAGGGGUGUAAACUUCACGGUAGUAUUGAUGGAAUGAAUUAGUACAGAAGUAUCAUUUAUGGUGAGAUCAUAAGUUGUAAAGUAAGUUUACUUUGUGCAUGCAGGUCUAUAACAUCCCUUUUAGCUUUUGUUUUACGUGAAUUUACUGUAUUUUAAUGUUGAAGAAAAGUAUUUUACUCUUUUAUUGGAUGUCUUUGGGAAGUGAAUGGAAGAAGAUAAAUAUAUAUGAAUAUACAUUACGCAGAUGAGCAAAUGUGAUAUUUCCAUCAUAUUAUUGUGUCUCCAAUAUGAUGUUUAAUGCGCUAACUUGGAUGACAAGAAAAAUCUUGCACAGAGCCAGCAGGACUAUUAUUGUAACAUAAUUAGAUGGUGAAUUUUAGAGAGACAGACACACAUACAUGCACAUAUAUAGAAAUACGCACACAUAUUUAUAAUUUCAUUCUUUAAUUCACUGAUUUGUUGUGUUGUCAUGUAAGGCAGUGCUUCAAAUGGAAAUAUGAUGGAAAAUGAUGUUUCUUCAUUGUGUAACUACUUUUUAAAUGUCUGUCAGUCUAAGUUUGUUUCCCACUCUGUGUAUCUGUCCUUCCACUCUCAAUUUAUGGUGUGUAUACUAUUAUAUAUACACUGCACUAUGUAUAUUCACUUUAUUGUACAAUGAAUUGUUGAUGAGAAACCGUUA